CUAUAGGGUGUAUGUGUUUAAACUAAUUAAUGUCAGGAACAAAUACUGUCGGGGCUAACGACGGUUUGCCUCAUGGUCUAUUUUCGCAGCAAAACUUUCUAGAAGCAGACUUCUCUGAAAAUGUAAGGCUUCAAGAACUUCAAUCUCUUGUUGCAAUAUUCCCUGAUACUAACAUAGAAGGUUAUUCAGGUUCUUUAGAUAUACCGAUAACCCUAGAUUCAGGGGUGAAAGUUAUUGGACCAAAUGGUGAUCAAGGAGAGGAACACAAAAUUUUAAAACAUCUACCGCCAAUUAUUUUUUCAUUUUCUCUUCCUGAAGGUUACCCGUUUAAUUUGCCACCCACUUUUAAGGUGGUGAGUAAUGUUAUAUCUACCACGGUUAUUGAUGACCUAAAUAAAGAACUAAAGUCCAUAUGGGAAACUUAUCAUGAUCAAGUUCUCUUCUCUAUGAUCGAUCUCAUCCAGCAAAAGGUGGUUCAAGUGGAAGGUUCAGAAUUUAUUCAUUCUCCAAUCGAUUGUCUGAAAGAUUCUUCUAAAUAUAAAUAUCUUCAAGAAUUUGAUAUUAAGGCAUUGGAAGAAGAGUUCAAUAAAAAGUCAUUUACAUGUCAAAUAUGUCAAGAUGAUUUUAAAGGUAUAAAUUGUACACAAUUUGCAUCCACUUGUAAUCAUGUUUUUUGUAAUAAUUGUCUUUAUGAUUAUUUCACAUCUCUUAUAAUUUCAGGAGAGAUCUCUAAAGUACACUGUCCAGACUUUGAAUGUACAAAGGAAUUCUUGAAAAUCAGGGAAAAAUACUUAAAUUGGGACGAUAUUGAUUUACAAAAGUUUAAUUUCGAUGAAUUUAAGUCUAACCUUAUGAGGCCUCCUAUAUCAUUGGAAUUACUUAAACGUAUUAUUGGACAAAAUCAUGUAACUACUGAGGAAGCUGCUGGUCAACUAGUUCAAAGAUAUAAAGACCUUUUUAUAAAGCAACAAUAUGAUCUCAUUGGGAAGGUUUUCCCUACCAGAUUGGUAUCAUGUCCGAGAACAGGGUGUCUGGAGCGGAUCUUUAGAAAUAACCUUAAUGAUUCCCUAGUAAUAUGUCGGAAGUGUAAUUACGCCUUCUGUAACCUGUGUAGGAAAUCCUGGCAUGGUACUUUAAAUGAAUGUGAAAGAAAUUCUUAUUCACAGAUCCCAACAGAAACACUUGAAUUAUGGCUCCAAAGUGAUAAAGAUUCUCUUGAUCGUAAAAUUUUGGGAUAUAAGUAUGGACGGCCACAUAUUACAAAGUUAGCUAAUGAUUAUCUUCUGGACAAAUUAUUCAAUGAAAUGAUCCAAGAUGAAUCUCAAGGUUUUAAAAAAUGCCCAACUUGUCAUACAAUUAUCCAAAAACUUGAUGGGUGUAAUAAAAUGGUUUGUUCAACAUGUCAAUCUUUCUUUUGUAAUAUAUGUGGAAUAUAUUUGGAGAAGAAUGAUCCUUAUGAACAUUUUAGAGAACUUGGGAGUAGUUGUUAUGGGAAACUUUUUGAAGGUAUGCCUGGAUUACAAGAUCAAGAGUGAUAAAGAUCUCUUUAUUGUAAAAUUUUGGGUUAUACGUAUGGACAGCCACAUAUUACAAGGUUAACCAAUGAUUAUCCUUUGGACAAAUUAUUUAAUUUGUCUAGAUUACAAAACUUAAAAUAGAAUAAUAAUAA